AUGGCUCCUGCGAUUUUAACCGGCUUCCUUCCUCUGUGCAUGUGUCUGCUGCUGACACCUGGCUUUGCUGAGGCAGGCAAACUUCUGGUAGUACCCAUGGAUGGGAGCCACUGGUUUACCAUGCGUCCCGUCGUGGAGAAACUUGCCCACAGAGGGCAUGAGGUGGUCUUAGUCAUACCAGAGGUGAGUUGGUACCUGGGAAGUUCAUUCAAUCUUACGGUAAAGACUUAUUCCACGUCUUACACUCUGGAGAAUUUGAAUAGUGAGUUCCAGAAGUUCUCCGAUUUUCACUGGAAAGCUCAGCCACGAAGUUUACUUCUUAUGUUGAUGAGUCCGUCCAACAAAGCUUUUGACUACUUUUUUUCACAUUGUAAGAGUUUGUUUGAGGACACACAAUUAGUAAAAUACUUAAAAGAGAGUUCUUUUGAUGCAGUGUUUCUAGAUCCUUUUGAUAUGUGUGGCUUAAUUGUAGCCAAAUAUCUUUCACUUCCAUCUGUGGUCUUUACCAGGGGAGUCUUUUGCCAUUAUCUUGAAGAAGCCACUCAGUGUCCCAUGGCUCUUUCUUACGUUCCUAGAGAUUUCUCAGGGUUCUCUGAUGUCAUGACUUUCGGACAGAGACUGUGGAAUCAUAUCCGGCACUUGGAGGAACGUUUAUUUUGCCACUAUUUUUUCAAAAAUGUUGUAGAAAUUGCCUCUGAGAUUCUCCAGACAACUAUCACAGCAUCUGAUCUCUUCAGCCAAAUAUCAAUUUGGUUGUUACGACGUGACUUUGUUUUGAACUAUCCCAAACCUGUGAUGCCGAACAUGAUAUUCAUUGGUGGCAUCAACUGCUGUGAGGGAAAGCCGCUGUCAAAGCCAAGGCCGUAAUGCCUGCGGAUGAUCCUUGUUGGAUGCCUCCUGAGACAAUGGAGCAGCCUUACAUUUGCAGCCUUCCUUGGAUGACCAUGAUGGACAUAGUGAUAUAAGGAAUCAGCUUCUGGAACAGGACGUGAGCACUCUGAAUUUGAAGCCUAUGUAAAUGCUUCUGGAGAACAUGGAAUUGUGGUCUUCUCUUUGGGCUCAAUGGUCUCUGAGAUUCCGGAGCAGAAAGCUACGGAAAUUGCUGAUGCUUUGGGCAAAAUACCUCAGACAGUAAGGAGAUUCUACACGAUUUCUUUUUAUCUGUCUUCACAAGAGUUCUAACCCCAGGCUUUCAGUACCUAAAUUAAUUCUAUGGCUUGGGCUUUAGGCUUGGGUUUCCCUGCCACUUCCCAAUUAUUAAUCCAAAGUUGUUCUUUUUUUGCAAUUUCACUCUCAACUACUCUGUUAAAACAUGAUCCACUUCACGAGGAGGUCUCCUUCUCUCUAAGUGA